AUGGCCUCCAUCGGUUCAGUUGCUUUUCUUCUUGAAAACAGUGAUCAUGGUGCCAUCAAUGAGAUCCCUUGGCAACUCCUGAGUGGUUCAGAUUUUGAGGAAGAGAUAGUUGGGCUAGAAAUCAACCACAGCAGAUUUUCCUUUGGCAUAGCAGCACUGAGCAUAGCAGCAAGAGCAAGGCCCUGGAAUAUCAGUAAAACAAUGAGGCGGAGGCUUCCAAAGCCAGCAGUUCCCAGUGUCAGGGUUGACGCCCCCCGCCCUGCCCCGGCCGGGUCGAGCGCCCCCCGAUCAAAGAUUUGGAGGACCCGCCCCCGCCCCGCGGCUUCUGCUCGGCGUGCAGGGGGCGGGGACCCCGCAGUCCUCACCACCGGCGGCGGCUGCAGGAGGAGGAGCAGGACCAGCAGGAGGAGGAGGAACGGGAGGAGGAGGAGCAGGAGGAGGAAGAGGAGGAGGAGGAGCAGCAGCAGGAGGAGGAGGAGGAGGAGGAGGCUGCCGUGGGCGCAGCCUCCGGGAGCCGCAGCCUGCGGGAGCGGCAGCCGGGUGUCAGGGCGGCCGGUCCCCAUCCCCCGUCCAUCCCCAUCCCUCCGUCCAUCCCCAUCCCCCUGUCCCGCGGGGUCCCGGCGGGAUGCGGGUCUGGGGUGGUCGGCAGGCGGCCCGCGCAGCCCCCGGCGCAGCGUCCCGCGCAGCGCCCCGCGCAGCCCCCCGCUGAGCCGGCGCCGGGCCUCGGACUGUCCUCCCCCCAACCCCCCUCGCAGGAUCAUGGGGGCCUCCGGGGCUUUCUGGACACUGGUGGUCUUCGCCGUGGCGUCGGUCCAGCACGGAAUCUCCUCGCCAGAAAAAUUCACCGAGUUUCCCCGGAAUGUCACCGCAAAUGAGGGCCAGAAUGUGGAGAUGUCGUGCGCCUUCCAAAGUGGCUCCGCCUCCGUCUACUUGGAGAUCCAGUGGUGGUUCUUGAGGGCAGCUGAGAGCCAGGAGCCUGGACCCGAGGUGGAGCUGUUGCCAGAAAGAGACCUGGACAGUGAUGGGACAAAGAUAAGCACAGUGAAAGUGCAGGGAAAUGACAUCUCCCACAAGCUUCAGAUUUCCAAGGUGAGGAAAAAGGACGAAGGCCUGUACGAGUGCAGGGUGACAGACGCCAACUAUGGAGACCUUCAGGAAUAUAAAGCCCAGGCCUAUCUGAAAGUGAAUGCCCUCAGCCACUCUCGGAGAAUGCAAGCCUUUGAAGCAUCCCCGAUGUGGCUACAAGAUCCCAAGCCACGCAAGAACGUCUCGGCUGCUGCGCCCAGUGGCAUCCAUAACUCCGCCCAUCAGCAAAUGCGCUCCACCUCCAGCCCGCAAGCCACAGCCCAGAUCCCUAAGCAAGGCCCACAAUCAGGUCCCCAGUUGGUGAAAAUCAUUGACCCUGCCACGGCCUCCUGGUCCCUCCCGCAACCUACUUUUCCUCGGGCUCUUCAAACCCUAAUCGACAUGUUUGGCCUAGUCAUCCAUGCAGUUGGACUGUCGGUGACUACAAAUCAAAUGACUCUGUUCCUUACCAUCCUUAGAAAAAUUCCCAACUACAAACUAUACAGAUAAUUAGAGUAGAAACUGUUACGGACACUUACUGUAGUAACAGAGAAACGUGGUGGCUCAGUGGUGAGGAAUCGCAAACAGUUGGUUUUCCUGAGCAAUUUGACAAAGGAGAGCAAGAGGGAAACCUCAGGCUUCCCCAUGGUAAAUGACGGCACAUUCUACCUUCAUAUUCAGGAUGUUUGCAACAGUAAUAACUCCCUCUACGUGAGUGCUUUACAUCAAAUUUACCUCUAACUCCUAUUGAGGUGCAGACAAUGCUUGGGAUUUUCUAGUGAUGUGCUUUUAUGAAUUGGGUUUAUAACCUAUCAGCUUUUCAGUAAUUGCCCAAUGAUAACAGAAGCCUCACCAAUGAGAAGCUUUUUCACAGGGCCUUGAGGGAAGUUGGCUGAUGUCAAUGAUGUAUGUCACUGCUCCUACAGAAGGACUAGUAGGUAUCCACUCCUCUUCCAUCUUUCUGGAGAAAGAAGUCCUCACAAUGAAGACAUCUCUUUCACUUUUAUUUCAUUUUGGCUGGGCAUCAGGUAAAGAAAUGAAAGCAGAAAACAAGCUUUCAGCCAAAGUAUCCCUAUGAUGGUUAUUCCUAGCAUCAGAAAAAUAAUGACAGGUGCUACAAACAUUAAGCACAACAACACAAGGCAAUUUUUGGGGUGCCUAAUGUAACUGGGAUUGGGGAUCCCAUACUGGCCUUUUCAGCCACACAUGCAUACAUAGAUGAACUUGUCUGCUGUGUGAUCUUGGGCAAGUCGUUUAAC